AUGGCGUUCAUAAGACCGUAUAAAGAGACAGACUUCGCCGCCUGCGCAAACAUCUGCAUAGCGACCCUCCCACCCUCCCUAUCCUCAUCCCCAGAAGCAGCCAGACUCUUGCCCUACCUCUGGACCCACCAAUACACGCUCCUCCCCCCCUCCACCAGCCACGUCCUCGACGACGGGUCCGACGCCGCAGUAGGCUACUGCAUCGUCUGCCCGGACGUCUUCGCCUUCGUGUCAGCGUACCCACGAUACACCACCUCCAUCCUCGCGCGGGACGUCGCGAAGCCCGCGCAGCUCGCGACCCGGGAACCCUGGACCAUUACCAGCACCAGUGUCAUGGGCGAGUCAAUCGUCAACCCAGUAGCGCUGGCCCAACUGGCGUACCGCGCCGACCGGAUACUUCUGGAAGGCAAAAAGGCCCUGACGAGCCGCUGGCGCGCGACGAUGCACAUUGACCUGCUGGGGCCGUGGCAGGGGAAGGGGUGGGGACGUCAGCUGAUCGAGCGGUUUGUGCAGAGCGUGCGGGAGAGCGGUGCCGACUAUGACGAGGGCGAGCACAUUGGCAUUGCUGGUGAGAACGCCAAGGUGGUGAGGUUCUAUGAGAAUGUGGGUUUUCGGGUCUCCGAGGGGGGUGAGGAGGAGGGCAGUAUCUGGAUGGUGAGGAAGACCUGA